GCCAUAUUGUUAUUUGUGUCUUGGGGCCGUGGGAUGCGCGCGGGUUUUAGUGGUUCGCACAUUUACCUCGUGGUCAAUAUCUGGAUAUUAACUUCCAUAUUAUUUAAAAGAUGCACAUAGCACGAAGUAUCGCUGCAGAUCAUAACGACCUCAUUCAUGAUGUGGCAUUUGACUUUUACGGAAAGCGUCUUGCUACCUGCUCUAGUGAUCAGUAUGUGAAGGUGUGGGAUUUGGACGAUACAGGGAAGUGGCAUUGCACCGCUAGUUGGAAGACUCACAGCGGCUCUGUAUGGAAGGUGACCUGGGCUCACCCUGAGUUUGGCCAGGUUCUGGCAACAUGCUCCUACGACCGCACAGCUGCUGUCUGGGAAGAAUUAGUUGCAGAUGGCACGAGCGGAGCAGGGGAGCGUGGACAGCGGCACUGGCUGAAGCGGACAAGCCUAGUCGACAGUCGGACGUCAGUGACAGACGUCAAGUUUGCUCCAAAGCACCUGGGCCUGAUGCUGGCGACGUGCUCGGCCGAUGGCAUGGUGCGCGUCUACGAGGCGCCGGAUGUCAUGAACCUGAGUCAGUGGUCACUGCAGAGUGACAUUAACUGCAAGAUGUCUCUUAGUUGCAUUUCCUGGGCAGAUAAUAGCAAUCGUAAUCAACCUUCGAUGCUGGCUGUAGGGAGCGAUGAUACAAGCUUUUCAUCGGGAGGCAAAGUCCACGUCUAUGAGUACAGCGAAGGAAGCCGCAGGUGGAGCCGUGUGGAAAGUGUAGUGAACCUGACAGACGCUGUGCAUGACCUCGCUUUUGCACCAUGUGUCGGGCGGUCACAUUAUUUGCUGGGCGUUGCUGCCAAGGAUGUGCGCAUUUUAUCAAUCAAGCCUUUGCAAGUGGACCUGAAGACUGGUCAACAACAACAACAACAACAAGACGGAACUGCUGCCAGGUUUGAGACACGACAGCUCGGUCAUUUCGAUGACCAUAAUUCACUGGUUUGGCAAGUAAGUUGGAACAUCGUUGGAACUAUACUCGCAUCAACGGGUGAUGACGGCUGUGUAAGAUUGUGGAAAGCAAACUACAUGGGAAUUUGGAAAUGCAUAGCCACCCUCCAAGGUGAGGGAAUGACACUCCAUCCAGAGAAGCUGGCAACGGAAGAAAAGCAGGUGGUGGGAACUGGAAUGCGUUUCUCCACUCUGUCUCAAGUCACACACCCUCCACAUGUGCCACGGCAUUAGGAUCCAUUUUAAUGUACAUAUUUAAUGUCGGGGAAGCACUGUUCUGCAUGAUGUGAUUUUGUCAACCAAGUGAUUCCUCUAUAUUUGCUCGAAUCAUCUUUUAUUAAACAUUUGUCUGGAUCAUUGUGAA